CAACAGUCCCUUGGGGGAAGGUACUACAGGCAUUAGCUCCAUUUUAUAGAUGAGGAAACUGAUAUUGAGAUUGCUCGAAGUCAUGAAUCUUAUCUUGUGGUCAAAAUCUCCAUAGACACAUGUCUUUUGCAAGACCUGCCCCUUCUAUUGCUUUAUCUAAUAUCAGAACUGCAAAAUCAACCUUUGUCUUCAAAACAAAAGGAGCACUAUUGAUGCUCAGUCCUUACAAAGAAAGGUGUGUAUAGUAUGUUAGGAACUGUAGACUCUGCAAACUCUAGGGCUGUGAAUGGUUGGGUGGCACAGGGGGAAUAGAUUUGAGAUCUGUGAGCAGGGCCAGGUUAUGUUAGAGAAAAUAACCUCAGGGGUUUUUCAUAUUGUAAAGGAGCCCUGAGGGACAGAGAGGACUUUGACUUCAUGAAGACCCCUGUAGGAAUCCAGACUUAAGAGAAGGCCAACAAAGCCCCUUAUUCUUUACAGUCUUUCCACCUUCCUAAGGCAUUGGCCAUUUACAUUCUGCUUACUGGGUCCUAUUAAAGGGAACCCCUUUGCCAGUCCCCUAGGGACCUUCAAAGGACCACUGACAGGUAGGAAACAAGAAAGAGGGUCUUAUGUUUUGGAAAGGAUAAAAGCAGCUUCUGCUGGAGGCAGGGGAAUAGAUUGCAUGACCUCUCAAGGUCCCUUCAGUUCAAGGAUUCUCUGUCAUUCUCUGGCAAAACUAGAGGGGGGAAAAGGGCCAGGGGAAACCUCCAUGCUGCCAUGGUAACACGCCGCUGUCUUCCCUCUUCUUGCGUGGGGGCGGGGCGCUGGAGGUAUUCGGCUUAUUAGUGGUGGUGUAGAAUGAGUGACAGGGGCCCCCAGCCAAUGGGCGACGCUUAUAGCGUGACGCGCGACGGGAAGAGGGGCUGGUUGUGGCGGUGGUGGCGGUGGCGGCGGCGGCGGCAGGAGCAGCAGCAGCAGCAGCAGCAGCAACAGCAAAAGCGGCAGCAGCGGCGGCAGCGGCGGCAGCGGCGGCAGCAAUAGCAAUAGCAUUAGCAGUAGCUUAGGCAGCAGUGGCGGCGGCGGCGGCAUUGGCAUUCGCUAAGCGGUAGCAGCAGCGACGACCUGCGGGGGAACUAAGCCGCGGCCUGGGCAGCGUGCUGAGACCCUCGGGGCCACCCUCCCGCCGGGAUGCCCGGGGAACAGAUGGACCCUCCUGAGAGUCAGGUGGAUUCAGAUUUCUCUCAGCAAGGGACACCUUGCCUGAUCAUCGAAGACUCCCAGCCUGAAGAAAGCCAGGCUCAGGACGAUGAUUCUGUUUCUCACUUUAGCAUGCUAUCCAGACACCUUCCCAAUUUACAGACCCACAAAGAGAGCCCUGGACCAGAUGUUGUGUCAGACCCUGAACAAACAGCUGGAGAAGAAAAAGGAGACAGUAACAAUGAAUUCUUGGAACACUUGAAAGAAAGCAAGUCUGCAGAUUCUUCUUCUUUGGACACAGGAAGUACUAGAAGUCAAAUCAUUGAACUAUUGCCUCAGCCCAAUAGGGAAAGCAGCAUCCUUGGAAUAACAGCGGUGACUGAUUCUACUGCAGAGGAAGAGGAGAAGGAAGAAGAUUCUGUAGACUGUACUACACAUUCAGUUGGUGCCGAAGAUACUGGUUCAUCACAGUUGGGCUUUGGGGCUCUGGAACUCUCACAGAGUCAGGAUGUUGAGGAGCAUACUAUACCAUAUGAAGAAGACAAAGAACAACAGUUGCAACCAGUUACCAAGGAUUCUAGUCCUUUCAACCCUGCUAAUGUAAAUGCUAAUAUUGGACUUCAAGAAGAUAAACACGAAGAUCAGCCCAUUGAAGAUAUACAAGUGGCAAUUCAACAAGAUACAGAGUCUGAGAGGUCAGAGAAUAUGCCUUCUAUUUCACAAAUACCUCUUACUGACAUGGAAGCCAAGAUCCAACUUUCUGCCCAGGAGCUGCUGGAAGGUGAAUUGCAAGUUCAGAAAUCACCCGAGGCUGAGAUUUUGUCAACUCAGGAAGACAUGUUUGACCAGAGUAAUAGAACAGCUCCUGAUAAUUGCUCUACUCCAAGGGUGGAAGAUGGGUAUUCUCUGACUUCCACACCAGCUACCACUUUGAAACUUCUGCAUCUCUCUGGCCAAGGUUCUGUUAUGCAGGAGAGCACCACGACGAGUUCACUGGAUCUUGUUGCUCCUUCACCAGAUGCUUUCCAACCCACUCCUUUUAUUGUCCCAAGCAGUCCAACUGAGCAAGAAGAGGUAAAAGAUGAACCGAUGGACAUGUCAGUUAUGCCUGAAGAGGAAGGAGACAUUCUAAAGAACUCCCUGGAAGAAGAAGCAAUGGAGAUAGAAAAUCCUCCAUCUGAACCAAUAGUGAUCCCUCAAGCCUCAACACCAGUAUCACAGAGCACACCCCUCUUCACCUCUGAGCCACUUCCUGUCCCAUCGCAGCCUGAAUUUUCUCAUGACAUUUUUAUUCCAUCUCCAAGUUUGGAGCAGGGACCAAAUGAAGAAAAGAAUACUGAAGAUAGAUGCAAUUCCUCUUUCUUAAUGGAGUGUUCUAAGCCCUCACAAUUAGAGGAAAAGAAUCCCUCUGAGGAUCUUGGACAGUCACUGACAGGAGAAUCUUGUAAAUUGAUGCUUUCUGCAAGUGAUUGUAGUCAGUCUACAAAGAUGGAGAGUUUGAACUCCCAGCAAAUUGAUGAAGAUAGUAAAAACAUACAGAUUGAAGAUACUGAACCUAUAUCUCAAAUUCUGGAGCCUAAACUUUGUUCCAUAGAAAAUUCAGGUAUGCCAGUGAGCCCAACAAAAGACAGUCAAGAAGAGCUGGAUGAAAACUUAAACAAGGCAGAAGAUGACACAAAAACUACAAAUGAAAUUACCAUAUCAGCCAGUGAAUGCAAAACUAGAGAAGAGAUGGAGCAUGUUUGUGUCCAUUUCACUUGUGAUUCAGGAAGCCAGGUACUUCUUUCUGAGACUCUUUCAUCUGAGACUCUUCCAUCUGAGGCUCUUCCAUCUGAAGGUCUUCCAUCUGAGCCUCACUUAAACACAUUAGAUCAGGAGGUCUCUAUGGAGGUCAAAGAAUAUCCUACAGAGGAGAGGUCUUCAGUAUCUGAGGUUGAAGAAAUUCCUGAAACCCCUUGUGAAAGUCAGGAGGAGCAGAAAGAAGAGAAAGAAAACAGGGACAGUAGCCCACUUCAUCUCUGUUUGACUCAGACUCAAUCACCAGGAUUAUGCCUUCAAGAAAAAACUGUAGAUCAAGAGUGCCAAGAGGCUAUGGAAGUUAAUACCAGUGUUAGUGGCAGUGAUUCUCCCAAAAAACUGCAAAUAGAUGAUGAAGAAUUAGAACAGAAGGAUCAAGAGGCUUGGGAGGCCACCUCAGAAGGCUGUGGUGUCAUCAUAGAAGAGAGAGUCACAAAAGAUGAGUCCCCAUCUGAUUCCUCUCAGCCUUUUGUGGGAGAAGAGGGACACAAAGAUACCCAUUCUUAUGAGGAUGUUGAUCCAAAGAUAGAAUCAUGUGCUAAGAACAGUCUAAAUGCUAAGGGAGAGAAGAGCCAAGAAUCUGAAGGAGAUCUGAAAUCACUGGCUGAAGAGGAGAACCUUCAACAGUCUCUAAUUUCUACAGAAAGAGUUGAUGAUGUACUGAGAACUGAACAAGAAGAGCAGCAGCCACAGUCUCUAGAGAAAGCAGACAGCUUGUUAAUAAAACAUUCACAAGUAGAUACUGUAGAGGAAUUUGGAAGUGAAGUAAAGGCCCAGCAGCUUGGGCAAGCAGCUGACCACAGUCCACAGAGUCCCUGUGAAAGCUCCAUUGAAACCCCAUUUCAUUUUACUUUGCCUAAGGAAGAUGAUGUUAUCCCACCUUUGACCAGUACAACUCCACCUUUAAUUGGACAUCUAAAAUUAGGACCAAGGAGACACAGUACACCUAUUGUUGUGGACAGCUAUUCAGAGAGCCCCAUAGCAACCAGUGAUGUUAUGGCUGAAAGUUCUGUGGGGUCCAGUGAUGUUACUGUUGAGAGUGAAAAGGGAGAUUCCAGAGCUGUACCAGAUGAAAAACUGAGUCUGAGAAUGAAACUGGUUAGCCCUGAGACUGAGGCCAGUGAAGAGUCCUUGCAAUUUAGUUUGGAAAAGCCUGUAAGUGGUGAAAGGAAAAAUGGAUCCACUGCUGUUGCUGAUUCUGUUGCCAGUUCUCAGAAGACAGUGUCUGUGUUUAGCCAUGUCUGUGAGGUCCAGCAGGAUGAUGAAGUCAAAGGCCGUGAUCUCCCAUCAGAUCUCAUCAGGGGAGAUUUAUUUAAUUUCCCAAGCACUCAAGAAGUAGAAGAUGAAAAAAUGGAGGAAGACCCUAGCCCCUGGCCCUGUCAAGAACAACCUGUCAAGGACACUUCUCAUAUUGAGGCCUCUGUUUCCCCAGCCACACAACAGACAGUCACACAAGUGUCAUCCAGUCCAAAAGGAAAUACUGAGAUGGAUGUGGCAGGAGAUCAAGAAGAAGAAUCAAAAAUCAGUCAGGACAAACACAGUAAAGUCUUAACUACAAGCCCAGGAACUAAAGGGGAAAAUAUUAGGCCCAAUACAAAUAAUAAAGAAGUUCAGACAACAGAAUAUUCCCUUUGGACCCCAACUGUUGUUUCAGUAGCAACACAAACCAUGAAAGGAGUGUGUGAACAGGUAGAAGUGGGAACCAGCAUGGCUGACCAGAACCUUGGGAGGCAAGACGCUAAGGUACAGACUGAAAGGAGAAGUGCUGAGAAACCAACAAAUAUCUCAGGAGAUGAUACUGACUCUUUGCAUAGCCAGGGAGAAGAAGAAUUUGACUUGCCUCAGCCUCCACCCGGCCAGGUCUUACAUCGCCACAUGCGAACUAUCCGUGAAGUACGCACACUAAUUACACGUGUUAUCACUGAUGUAUAUUAUGUAGAUGGUACAGAAGUGGAUCGAAAGGUGACUGAGGAGGCUGAAGAACCAGUGGUAGAGUGUCAGGAAUGUGAGACUGAAGUAUCUCCAUCACAAACUGGUGGCUCCUCAGGAGACCUAGGGGAUAUCAGUUCUUUUUCCUCCAAGGCAUCCAGCUUGAACCGAAUGUCAAGUGGAGCAAGCAGUGGUCUCUCAGCUGCACAUAGCAGUAGCAGCUCAGGGAAGGGGGCUGGACUCCUCAAAGGGAAAACAAGUGGGCCAGAACCUGCGGAUUUUGCCUUACCCAGCACACGAGGAGGCCCAGGAAAACUGAGUCCUAGAAAAGGGGUCACUCAGAUAGGGGCACCUGUGUGUGAAGAGGAUGGUGAUCAAGGCCUUGGCAUCAGACAGGGAGGAAAAACUCCAGUUACACCUCGUGGCAGAGGACGAAGGGGCCGUCCACCUUCUCGGACAACGGGAACCAGAGAAACAGCUUUGCCUAGCCCUGUUGGUGUGGAGGAUAUCUCAACAAGCGUCUCACCAGAUGAUAAACCCUUCACCCGUAUUGUACCCCGUACGCCAGAUGCCAACAAACGAGCAGAUGGCAGUACUGCAAUCUUACGUCGUAGUGACUCACCAGAGAUACCUUUGCAAGUCGUUGCUGGCCCUUCUGAUGGCCUAGACUCCUCUUCUUCAGGAAACAGCUUUGUAGGCCUCCGAGUUGUAGCCAAGUGGUCUUCCAAUGGCUAUUUUUAUUCUGGGAAAAUAACACGAGAUGUUGGAGCUGGGAAAUAUAAGUUGCUUUUUGAUGAUGGCUACGAGUGUGAUGUAUUGGGCAAAGACAUUCUGUUGUGUGACCCUAUCCCACUGGAGACAGAAGUGACAGCCCUUUCGGAGGAUGAGUAUUUCAGUGCAGGAGUGGUAAAAGGACACAGAAAAGAAUCUGGGGAGUUAUACUACAGUAUCGAAAAAGAAGGCCAAAGGAAAUGGUACAAGCGAAUGGCAGUUAUCCUGUCUUUGGAACAAGGAAACAAACUGAGAGAGCAAUUCGGGCUGGGUCCAUAUGAACCAGUAACACCCCUCACUAAGGCAGCAGACAUUAGCUUAGAUAAUUUGGUGGAAGGUAAGCGGAAACGACGAAGUAACCUCAACUCUCCGGGUACCCCUACUACCUCUAGCAGCAGUGCCACCACCACACCUCCACGUAAAACCCUUGAAAGCCCCCGAGUCUCCAUGGGAUUGCUUUCUGGCAAGAGGAAACUGAUAUGCUCUGAAGAAGAACGUUCUCCUGCCAAGCGAGGCCGCAAGUCCACCACAAUAAAACCUGGUACAAUGGGAGUAGGAGAGUUUGUGAGUCCAUGUGAAAGUGGAGACCAUGCUGGAGAGCCAUUAGCUUUGGAAGACCAGAGGGGACCAUUACCGCACAACAAGACCUUGUUUUUGGGCUAUGCUUUUCUCCUCACCAUGGCCACGGCCAAUGAUAAGCUAGCCAGCCGCUCUAAACUGCCAGAUGGUCCUCCUGGGAGCAGCGAGGAAGAGGAGGAAUUUUUGGAAACUCCCCCUUACAACAAGCAGUAUACAGAGUCCCAGCUCCGAGCAGGAGCUGGCUACAUUCUUGAAGACUUCAAUGAAGCCCAGUGUAAUGUGGCCUAUCAGUGUCUUUUGAUUGCGGAUCAGCAUUGUCGAACUCGGAAGUACUUCUUGUGCCUUGCCAGUGGGAUCCCUUGCGUGUCUCAUGUCUGGGUCCAUGACAGCUGCCAUGCUAAUCAGCUCCAGAACUAUCGAAAUUACUUGUUGCCAGCUGGGUACAGUCUCCAGGAGCAGAGGAUACUGGAAUGGCAUCCCCGUGAGAAUCCCUUUCAUAAUCUGAAGGUCCUUUUAAUAUCUGACCAGCAGCAAAACUUCCUGGAACUCUGGUCUGAGAUCCUCAUGACUGGGGGAGCAGCCUCAGUGAAGCAGCAUCAUUCAAUCGCCCAGAACAAAGAUGUUGCUUUGGGGGUGUUUGAUGUUGUGGUGACAGACCCCUCAUGCCCUACUUCGGUGCUGAAGUGUGCAGAAGCAUUACAGCUGCCCGUGGUGUCACAGGAGUGGGUUAUCCAGUGCCUCAUUGCUGGGGAGAGAGUUGGAUUCAAGCAGCAUCCAAAAUAUAAACAUGAUUAUGUCGCUAACUAAAGAUGCUCAGCCCCAUCAAUUUCAUUCCCUGCUAUUGUGAAGACUGUGUUUUAACCAGGUUUUAAAUGUGUCUUGUGUGUAACUGGACUCCAUGCAUGGAUCAUUGUAUAUAGUUUUCUUUGCUGGACUUUUAUGAUAAAAUAAAUGUUGAAUCUCUUUGGUUGUAGUAA